AUGCCACUGGGCAGAAACUUUGCUUCGAAGCGACCUCCAUCACACAGGCAACAAAAGACAAAUAGCCCAGCGGACAAAAGUGGAAAGCACAAGCUAAACCAAGAUCAACCAGAAAGCGACAGACCACGUGAGCAUGCAAACAAGAAUUAUGGUUUUAAGAAACCCAGACGAAAAGAGUGGAAACGACCAGGUUUUCCUUCGAAAGGCUCUAGACCCGAAGUUCUUCAGCAGUCUGGCUUCUUGUACGACUUGCGUCGGCGAGAUGGAGAUGACAACCAAUCAUCGUCGCCAAAGAUUCCCAUUGCUUCGCUAGAUGCUUCCGCACUUCUAGAUCCCCUUUCAUAUUGCAGAUCAUCAGCGAAGGUAGCUCAUACUCACGGUGUGACCCAAUCCAUUAGCGGGACGGAUGCAGCUCGGCGUCUUUUGCGGGGUAAGAAGGAAUUUAUCACCAUGGCGAGAACAAUGCGCUCUCCAGGAUUGCUUACUGGGCAUGGAGUGCCACCGGAACUGUUGCAACAUUGCGUUGACAUGGCUGAUGCCCUAAUGCAAGACUAUGGACAGAACAUUGUGGAAAUGUCGUUUCACAACUACAAUGACACUUCGAACGAAACCAAGCAUCCACAUAUCCUCAGAAUACGAGGUCAGGACGGGACAAAUCGAUGCAGUCAAUGGCCAAUACGCACCAACAUUGAUUGGGACUAUCACAUGUCUUUGUACGUUGCGGUGAUGGAACGGCUUGUGAAAAAUCUUGGUUUGGUUCUUCCAAGUAGAAGCGACGCUCUUCAGUCUGAGUGGGGUGAGAAAAAAAACGAGGAGAGGAAAUACGAUGACUUCACGGCAUCCCCUUUAUUGUUUCCAAGCUCUAACCACAUUCCUCACUGGAAUGUGGACAUUUUGCGUGGUGGGGUCUUUAAGUUUUAUGACGAAGACGGCACAUCGACUGAAGAUAUUGCGCCUGUUCCAAUUGUCGAGUUCAGUUAUACUGACAACGAUUCGGAAGCACUAGGUCAUGUGUUAGUUAGACUUCAGGGGAGAUCCCUGCCAAACAGAGCAUUUACCGCUGGACAAAGCGGACGGCGAGUAACAUUGGUGUUCGAUGCGUGUUUUCGGUAG